AUGAAGGAUGAUCAGAAUGAAAGAUCGGAAUAUGAAGUUCUUUCCAAAAUGUUGAUGCGGAUGGGAGGAAAUGAAUUGAGUCAUCAUGAUGGGGAAGGAGGUGCUACUCCAUUGGUGAUGAACCAACAACAGCUACGUCAACAACUGCACGAGGUUGCCAUCCAUAACAAUCCAACCCAGCAAUCCAUGAUUAUUAAACAAGAGCAACUGUCGCCAUCAGAUGAAGAAGGAUUUCUGCAGCAAGCGAGCGACAGUCGUAGUAUCAUCAUGAACAACAACAACAAUCAUAGCCAUCCAGAAACAACAUUUGCAACUUCCAACAAUCAUGAAGAACCCGAAGAAUCUAUUGAAAGUACCACUUGUGACACAACAAGCAUUAAAAAAGAACGAAAAAUUAAGAAAAAGAAAAAACAAGUAGCGAAUGAUACUUGUACGAACAAUGAUGACACUGAACAAGUGUUCAAGAAUCAGCCUGUGGUUGUAGAGAUUGAUGGAGGUUGCAGUAAGAAUAGAACGAUCCUUGCAGGAUAUGUAAAUCACAAAUAUGAAAUUGGCAAAUUGAUCAGUUUUAAAAAGUGCAAUGUGAAUGGUCAUCCAACCAUAUUUUCUCAAAGACCAAUUGCUCUUCAUGGAUCUAUUGGAGCCAUGAUUGUGAAUGAAAGAAGCAGUAGGAGAGUUGGUCAAGAUCGAAUUCCAUGCUAUGGAGUUCAAAUUGGUAAGAAUAGAUAUGCAUGGGUGACUGAGCAUGUGAUUGAACAAAUGGAGGAGCUUGAAAAAACCAAACCUCCUGUAUCAAAUCGAUUCCACUCGAAUUCUCCAUUCUCUUCAAACCUACAAGAUUUAGUUCCCUCUCUUAGCCAAUGCCAUUAUUAUCCUCCAUUUACGAACUGUCCUCAUAACAACCAUGAAUUUCCAAAUCACCAACAUGUUCUCAUUUCAUCUAACUUACUUGCCCCAGAAACUGCAAUUUCUUGUGCCACCUCUACGGCAACUCCGACCUCAGAAGAAUCAACAAUUCCUAAAAAGAGAAAACGAGAUGACAAGAAGAAUACAAGUGCUAGUAAUACUGGUCCACCAUUUCUUGCAUCCUCAUUCCCUAUGCCUUUAAUACCCUCAUUUCCAGCCAUGUUCUCUCCUCUUGAUACCAAAAACAGUAUCAUGACUAUUAUUUCUAAACUCAAGCUUGUCAACGUUUCUCCUAAUAGAGCCCACAGUAAGAAGAGCCAACAUUUUGUACUCUAUGUUUCAUUGAGCGAGCAAGAUCCUUUACUUAAGGCAAAUCUCGUUACUCAACUCUUGUCACCAUUUUCUCCAUCUAUGAGUCUUGAAUUUGAAGAUAAAUCUAACCCCUCAAACACUUAUAUUAUCAACAAAAAGCAUGUAUUGACUCCACUGCAAGACCAGUUAUCAGAUCAUGACUUGGAAAUUUUUAGCUACACCCCUGUCAUUAAGGAACACACUCUUGACUGCUCUCUGAAACUGAAAAAAUACACAUACUUCAAAUACAAAAGAGAUUCCAAUGGACACACUCUCUUACACCAUUUUACCGUCAGAGAAAUGUACAAAGAAGUCAUAGAUAUAUUAGAACUAGGCUACAAUCCAUAUGAAAGAGAUUUUUUGGGAUUAACAGCAAGAGACUGGUGCAAAUUGUAUCGUUUGGAAGAUAUGGAAGAUUUAAUCGAGUACAUGACGUCACCUACAGCUCCAAGACUGCCUCCACGAGAUUCUUUGUCGUUGAUCAUGAUUCAUAGUAAUAGCAAUGUCAAUGAUGCCUCUCCCACCACUCUUGAAACUCCAAUUAGCAUUUCGGAAUAUCUUGACUUGGUUAUGGAUGACGUUGUGGAUUCAAAUUAUAAUUUCGAUUUAGAAACAGCCAAUCAAAUCAUGUACCAUAUUUUAAAGAAUUCCAAAAGUAUUAUGAACUCUGUACUUUUCAAUCCUGAUCAGAACAUUCUUGUCACAAGGGGAAACAGUCGAUGCAAGGUAUCAAUAGAAAACGAUCAAGAGAGCGGUGUUGAAUUAUUGCCAAGGUUAUCGCUAAAAUAUUGGUCCCCAGAAGUUCUCUUAAUGAUGUGUAUGAAGACUGAAGUUGACGAAAAAUUAAUACCUUCCAUUAUUGUGCAUCAAAAUUUGUGGACUCUUGGAGUGUUAUUUACGGAAUUCUUGUAUUUAAGCUUGGACUCGAACAAGAGACAACGAAACAGUGUAUUUGGAACAACAAUGAGUGAGCACUUGUUGGCAAGUUCCCUUUUCGAAGUACUAGGGAGACCUGAUGAAUUGCGUCAACUUUUAGAUAGCUUAUUUAGAGCAUCAGAGAUUCCAAAACAUUCACGAUCAUCUAACAUCUUUUCUUCCAUGGAAACCAUUAAUGCAAAGGAAAGAGAACGAAUUAUUUUAGAAACCAACGAGAGAGCUCAACUUCCAAACAAAACAUCCCAACUUGGUGACUGUUUAAACGGUGCUACUGAGAGCUGCAAGGACAUGUUAGAGAAAAUAUUGAGAUGGGUUCCUGAGAAUAGAAUGAACAUUGAUCAAAUCUUGGAACACAAUUUUUGGAAUGAAUACGAGACGAAUCGAAAAAACAUUCGAGAGUGUGUCAUGAAACAGAAACUUCUCUCACAAAUUGACUCUAAUUAUGGCAUUCGUUGUGAAUAUUCAAAUUCUUUUGCUGAUAUAACUAUCCAAACCAUAUCCAUGUAA